AAAACGGGUCGUUUUUAUCUAAAACCCAUUGAAGCCCUUGAAGCCCCAAAACCCUCCCUCGUCCGGGUUCAGCGGCAUUUGUCGUCCAGAAAAUGCUCCUCCGAAUCGCAAAGCUAAAGCCCCUGGCGUCGUCGGUGGAGUCCUCCUGGAGCCACCAAUUCCUCCAGCAACGGCCGGUUAGCGGAACCGCCAAGGGCAAGGCCAAAAUCAAAGCAGGCCAAACCAUAAAGCGGUCCAAAAUGAACACCAAAAAAGGCCAGCCUGAAUCCAAGAGCAGCGGAGUGGGAGCCAAAAAACCGUUCGAGCGAGAAGACAGGCUCGAGAAUCUGUGCCUAAAUGCUCCCACGCCCGUCCGAUACCUGACCCCUAGAGAAAGAGCACGCGAAGCCAAGAGAGAGAAGCUCGGCCUCCUCAGCAAAGACCGGCAGCGAGAGCUGGAGAUGAUGAAGAAGAAGGACUACAAGGAGAAGAUGGGACUCUCGGAGGAGCCGGUGAUUAUUGGGACCCCGGGCUUGGAUCUGAUAUCUCUGGGACUCGUCGACGCCGACAAGAUCCCCAAGUACGAGCUCACGGUGGAGGAUGGGCGCCGAUUGGCGAAGGAGCACAGUAGGGUUCUGAUGCGGCGGCACCGUGCAAGGCAGGCCGCGGAGUCGACGUUCUUGAGGCUGAAGAAGGAGGCCAUCGAGGCGCUGCCGGAGGAUUUGAGAGCGGCGGCUUUGGUGCCGGAUUUGACUCCUUUCCCAGCGAACCGGUUCAUGGCGACUUUGACUCCGCCGAUUGAGGGUUACAUUGAUAAGGUCAAGGAAGCGGCGAAGAAGAGCAGUGGGAGGGAGAAGCUCAGAUGAUCCAAGCAGAGAUGGAGCUAUGUUUGCAAGCCUGAAAAACUUGAGUCGUUUCACAAUUGGGAACUACCACUCAUAAAGCUGUGUUUAUGGAUUCGGGCGGCAGCAAAGCACCGGUGAACAGAUGCAAUAAUCUUGAUGAAUUUAGGAUUACAUCUUUGGUAAUGAGAACUUGUUUGUUUGUCUUGCUUUUGGCAGUCAAUUCUUUUGUAUGGUUUUUGGUAGUGAUUAUCUUGUUUAACUGAGAUAUUUUUACUAAAUCCAUCAUGCAUGUUAACUCAA